AUGACUACCCCCCAACGGCCGUCCAUUGCUGUCACGGCGGGCAACCAGACAGAGCGCCACGACUUUGCAGGCUCGACGACUCCUCCGCCGCAGUCGAUCCCCGAAGACGCUCCCGUCCCUCCGCAACACCGUCCAAUCUCUCCCCAGCCCUCGACCUCGUCGUCCAAGAAGACAACGGGACCCGCACGUCCACGAUGGAUCCUCCACAUGCAGGCCCAGAUGUGGCGCUUCCUCAUGGGCAUUGGCAUGCUGCUGCACCGCAUGGCCCCUCCGCACCCGCCGAAACCCUCCUUCAAGCGCUCCAUCAAGGCCACCGUCAGUAACGUGCCCGGUGACUUUGAGCUGCACUUCUACGUCCCCAAGGACUACGAGCAGAACCGUCGAUCCAACUUUGCAAAGAAAAAGUACCCUUGUGUCAUCAACUUCCACGGCGGAGGUUUCACCCUGGGCAGUCCGAGCGACGACGCCCGCUGGUGUGGAACCGUCGUCGAUGAAUGUGCUGCCGUCGUCGUCUCUGUCGAUUACCGCCUGGCUCCCGAGAACCCUUUCCCCACCGCCGUCGAGGAUGGAGUCGACGCUAUCCUCUACAUGGCCAACAACGCCGACGAGCUCGGUAUCGACGAGAACAAGAUCGCCCUGUCUGGUUUCAGCUCGGGCGCCAACAUGGCCUUUAGCGUGCCAAUCAGACUCUACGACCACCAAAGCGAGUUCAGCAGAACGACUCAAUCCGUUUCUCUCUGCGCCAUCGUCCCCUGGUACCCGUCCUGCGACUACACCCAAACCCGUGAAGAGCGCAGAAACACGUCCGUCCGUACCGAUCAGGAUCUGCCUGCCAUCUUCACAAACCUCUUCGACGAGUCAUACCUCCAUCCUCCAGACACAAUCCCACUGGACUCACCUUACCUUUCUCCCGGCAUCGCACCCACCGCUCUCCUCGCCGAAGCACUCCCUCAAGACAUUAUUAUGCAUACUUGUCAAUGGGACAUGCUGCUGGCCGAGGGCGAAAAGUUCCGUGACCGCUUGACCGGCAAAGGCAUCAACAAGACGGUCCACUACAAGAUGAUUGAAGGCGUGCCUCAUGGCUGGGACAAGGCACCCAAUCCUCUCAAGCCCACUCCUGGUGUCAAGCAACAUUAUCUCAAUGCUACCAAUCACCUGCGACGCAUAUUUGCCAAGCAAGGUGGUGAUGCUAAUGAAGAUGCCACUGUCGGUGGUGUUGCUGGCGAGGGCAGAAGAAAGAGCACCCUGGUUAAUUAG